AUGGAAUGUUGCCCGGAUGGUGAUGACGACGACGCCGAUAAGCCAACUUUGUCUGCUGAAGCCAUUGCUGCGCUGGCGGAAUUUUAUGCCGAGAAAAAUGGACUCACUGGAACUACAAUUGAUGAGGACUGGCAGUUAAGCCAAUUCUGGUAUACAGAAGAAACGGCCAUAAAACUUGCCGAAGAAUGCGCAUCUGCUGUUGAUUGUGGCGGAAGAAUUGCCUGUGUCUCAUGCCCCACACUUGUCGAUUACCUUUUGCGAAAUGAGCGAGUAACCUCAGGGCAUGUUACGAUCAGGCUGUUCGAAUAUGAUCGACGAUUUUUGUCAAAAUUUCCGGAAGAAUUUGUUUUUUAUGACUACAACGAACCAUUGAAAAUUCAAGAAGAUUGUCGAAACGCGUUUGAUUUGGUUGUAAUUGAUCCGCCGUUUUUAUCCGAUGAAUGCCUUGUUAAAAUGGCACAAACAGUGCGAAUGCUCGCCACCGGUUGCCAGUCAAAACUGCUUAUUUGUACAGGAGUGGCUAUGACUGAUCUAGUUAAGCGAUUAUUUGGCGCUCACAAAUGCAACUUUGAGCCAAAGCAUCAACACAACCUGGCCAAUGAAUUCGCUUGCUUCGCCAAUUAUGAGACUCGGUUUUUGUGA